UUUAAAUAAUAAUCUUAUUACUGAUAUUUACUUAUAGCUAGUUUGCAGGGCUAUAUAAUAAAGUUCCAAAUAUGUAUUCGUCUGGUUUAUUAUUAGAUAUAUUUGAAUUGUCCUUAGCCACGGCACGUAUGAAUAUGAAGAUGAGACCAUCAAUAUUUAUAACACGAUUUACAAUCGAAACACGAACCAGAAAUAUUUCAAUAUUCUAAUACCUAUCGCUAAGCAAUUCAAUUCAUAGACAAGUUCCGUUCAUUUCCGGCGAAAUGUGGAUUAUCACACGAUUUCCUGCUAUUCCGAAAAUACUAGGAUAUCAUUGUAGAGGUGUUGAUGGCGCUUAGAAUAUAUAAUUUUAUUUUAUUUAUUAUUUGAGAUUGUCGAGGUAUUGCUGUACGAUCGUAAGAUUGCCGAAAGUUUUCGCUUUCGUUUAUGAAUCGAUUUAUUAGAGAUCUCCAUGGCGAUGUGACUGGCGACGUUUGAAUCUCCUAUAGCAAUCAGCAGUUGGAAAUUAUGCCCCGUUCUACGAACAAUCGUUCGCCUUAGCAAGGAUUGAUAAGAAAGGCAUUAAAGGGUCGAAAUGGGUGGCAGGUGAUGAUCAAAAUUUGCGCGGUGUAUCAAUUAUGGAUUCUGAGAACGGAGAAAAAGCGAGGGCCGUUGAUGUUAGGCAUUCAGCUUCUUUAAUACCUUUGCAUGCGUGUUCUGAGAACCUGCUCCUGCCUCCGGCUCGCGAAGCGAACGUGAAGAAUCUCCAGUCCGUUCUGUUUCCCAUAAGUCCACGAAAGUCUUACUCGGCGGAAAGUUAUUUAAGCAACAGUUUUCUUAAGUUUAAUAACCACCAGCCCAAGCAGGAUGACACUCUUGUCGAUCCGAAGGCGAGUUUCCUCAAGAGCCGCGAUUCCAAGGAACUCUUCAUCAAAGACCUUCAGCAAAUAGAUCACGUCGGGCAGCCGUCCAGAUGGCCCACAGAGUGCCAAGUUUUGGAUAAACGAAUAAAGCAUAUCACUUACAGACCAUGUCCACCCGAACCAUACUACACAACAACAGAAAACGAAGCUCAGCCAAAACCUGUCGGCGAAGAGUCUGGCUACAUAGUCUAUCAGUAUUAUCCGAUAAACGCAGUCAAUUAUUUUUGUAGGUCUAGCAUAGGAGGAAGCCAAUAUUUGUUGCCUACAUGUCCUGCCCCCGAAGAGGACAGUUUACAGUUCGAAUCGCGCUUCGAGUCAGGAAACUUAGCCAAAGUCAUUAAAAUAACUGCCAAUUAUUACGAACUUUAUUUGAGAUCCGAUCUUUACACAAACAGACAUAUGCAAUGGUUCUAUUUCCGUACGACCAACAUGAAGAAGAACGUUUUGUACAGAUUCUCAAUCGUAAAUCUCUCGAAAGAAGACAGCCUUUACGCGGAAGGAAUGCGUCCUUUGCUUUAUUCCGAGAAAGACGCCCAGCUCCAUUCGAUCGGUUGGAGGCGUUGUGGCGACAAUAUAACUUAUUUCUGUAAUGAUAACGGCACGCCCGAAGAUCCCGAUCAACAGUCAACAUACACUCUAACAUUUACUCUAGAAUUUCCUCAUGAAGGCGACACUGUCUAUUUUGCUCACAGUUAUCCAUACACUUACUCAGAUUUGCAAGAUUAUUUGCUUAGCAUCGCCGCCCAUCCAGUUAAAUCGACGUUUACGACUCUGCGUCUGCUCUGCAAAACCCUGGCCGGGAAUAACGUAUAUUAUGUUACUAUAACAACGCCUCCGGGAAAUGAGAAUCCCAAGAACAAAAAGAAAAAGGCGAUUGUUAUAACGGCUCGAGUACAUCCCGGAGAAACGCCGUCCUCGUGGAUGAUGCACGGUUUCUUAGAUUUCCUAACAAGCGAUUCUGGGCCAGCCAAAGAGUUACGUGAUAACUUCAUUUUUAAGCUCGUCCCGAUGCUCAAUCCCGAUGGUGUAAUCGUUGGCAAUAAUCGAUGCUCCUUAACAGGGAAGGAUUUAAAUAGACAAUACCGUACUGUGAUCAGAGAAACGUAUCCUUCCAUUUGGUAUACAAAGUUAAUGAUUAGACGUUUAAUUGAGGAAUGCGGCGUAGCCAUGUAUUGCGAUCUGCACGCGCAUUCGAGAAAACACAACAUUUUCAUGUUUGGAUGCGAAUGCAGAAAAGGUGUCGAUAGAAAACUCCAUGAACAAGUCUUUCCUUUAAUGUUACAUAAAAAUGCCGCUGAUAAAUUCUGCUUCGAGAAUUGCAAGUUUAAAAUACAAAAGUGCAAGGAGGGUACUGGAAGAGUCGUAAUGUGGAUGAUGGGCAUCUCUAACAGUUUCACAAUGGAAGCAUCAUUUGGUGGAACAACGAUUGGUGGCAGAGCCGAAACUCAUUUCAAUACUUUAGAUUACGAACAAAUGGGCCGAUCGUUUUGCCAAACUCUUUUAGAUUUUUAUGAUUCGGAUCCUCGAAAGGAAAAAUUACGUAUAAAAAUUAUAAAUCGUUUAGUGAAGGGAGGAUCCAAUGCCGACGAACCAGCGAAUAUUCAACUUUCCGAUUACUCCAGCGAUGGUGGGGAUACAAGUGCUUCGGAUUCAGAAUUCGAGUUCCCAGCAAUAAAAGUGCCAAAAAAUAAUUUGAUUGCUCCACCGCCUUCACCGAUAAAACUUAAAAAACUUUCUCCCUUGAAGGUGAAAUCAGUAAAAGUGAAAAGUCCUAGAAAAACCAUGCAGGUCGUGAAAGCUAAUUUAAAUUUUCCAAAAAAGUUAAUAUCAUCAGAUACAAGCAGCGCAUCAGAAACUGAGCCAGAAAUUACUAAAGAAACAAUUAAACCUUUGAAAAAGAAGAAAAAGAAAAAGAAGAAAAAGUGUACGAAAAAGUGUUUGAAUAUGGAAUAUUCGGAUGUAGAAAUCGGAAAAGAUUACUCGAUGAUCGAUAUGACCCAUCAUGGACAAUUGUUGCAAACGGUGUUUCAGUGCAGAAGGAAUUUUCAGCUUAGGUACGAAAAUAAACGGUUGUCGAGCCAGCAAAGAUUAAGUGAAGUCCAGUCGAAGUUAUUUGCUCUGAAGAAUAAACUGUGGCUGGGAUUAGGCGAUGUGAAUACACACAAACCAAUCUCCUGGGUUUUGCCAAAUUCCAAGAUUAACGUUGAGAGUAAAGCGAAUAGAAAGAAAUCUGCGGAAAAGAGGAAACCAUUAAAAAAAUCAAAAACCAAAGAGGAAUCAAAGGAAAAGAAUAAAAAACAGAAGGAAGGAUUAAAAAGACAACCAGCUAUUGAUUUUACUCCGUUACUUAAAACCACAAAGGUACGAAGAUCCAAGAGUUUAUCGGAAUCGUGUAAAGAUGUGAAUAUACUGAGCACGAACUUCGUCGAGAGACGAGAAGAAGUUGACGGCAAUAAAAAGAAGAAUAAGAAAAAUAAAUGUAAAACUGCCAAUUGAAGAAGACUGAUUAUUGGUAACGGAACGGCUCUUGUUUGUGUCACAAUUAUUUUUGUUGUUUUCGUCCCUCACAUACCAUAAAGAAAACAAAAAUAAACAAAAAACCUAUAUUUAUUCCUUUCCUGAUUAUAUUAUUGCCAUGGUAAUUGAUUAGAGUUUAUUUCGCUUUUGUUUAUUAAGCCAGUUAUUUGUGUUCGUUGCUUAAGUUUGUAUGUAU